UCAAAAUACAACAAUUAAGUUGUUCUUGCAUUAAACUACCAAAAUUGUAGCUUUAUUGGAAGGAAAAAGAAGAAGAUAAUUAUGAUCUAAUUUUUUGUUUUGAGAAAUGACAAUAUCAUUUAAAAAUAUUAAUGUCUAAUUAAUAAAAACAACCUAAAAUAAUAAAAAGGCCUAUCUCUUAUGAUUAUUUUUACUAAAACAUUUUAAUAUUUCAAUGUUUUAAACGAUUUCAAAUAUUUUAAAAAAUAGAAAAAUUUAAAAUAUAUAUAUUUGUAAACUUAGGGCUGGACCAAAGUGGGGCCUUGUGCCACUGUACACCAAGCCCAUGGUCAAACUCCCUCGUACAAAUGCCUUAGCCCUAUUUUGCCAUCUUCAUCUCCUUCUUCCAUCCCAUCUGCUUUUCAAGAACCCAAAACUAUAUAUAUAUAUAUAUAAAUAUAUAUAUAUCAGAAGCGAAAAUGGCGACUCCACAGCUUCGAGUUAUCAUUGUCGAUUUCAUGAAGGAUGCUGGUGAUAAGCGCAUUCCUGAUCAGGGAAGCAAAAAUCGUCGAGACGGUGGAAAUGUCAGCGACAGUUUCCGUUGUCGACCCCGUCCGACACUGACAGCGGGGGGAAGAAGUUUCUUGCACGCGUGUCGUCGAUUUGUCGUCGGAAUCGAUGGAAGUCGACGGAAUCGUCCAUUGUCGGUGAAGAUUUCGGGUUUUGGGUGGAUAAGAUGGAAAGAUCGGCCGGUUGUCGACAGGAAAAGGUGGAAGUUUCUGGGAUAUGUCGGUCGGACUGGUUGGGUGUGUUUGUGUUGAUUUGUGUGUGUGUUUGGUUUGUGGUAAUCGGUCGGAGAAAAAAUGAAGGGGGAAAAGAUGGGGAUACACAGAGAGAAGAGAAGAGAAGUGAAGAGAAAAGAGAGGGCCUGGAAAUUUUGGUUUUUUUUGUUUUUGGUUGUUAACUGAUCUGGCACAGAAGGGAGGGAGGAAGAAGACGAAGGGAAGAGAGGAAGAAGAAGAAAGGAUAAGAAAGAAAUCUUUCUUCCACGUGGGGGAAGGGAAAGCGAAAGAAGAAAAGAAAAAAAAGAUAAGAAAGAAAUCUUUCUUUCACGUGGGGGAAGGGAAAGAGAAAGAAGAAAAGAAAAAAAGAUAAGAAAGAAAUCUUUCUUUCACGUGGGGAAGGAAAGAGAAAGAAUAAAAUAAAAAACUAAAUAAAAAUCUAUGUGAUGGUGAUUUGUCGUGGUGGUAUGAAAAAGUGAGAAGCAACUAAUUCAAUUAUAUUCUUAGCUUUUACCUCAUCUAAUUCAUGUUAUUGUUUUUAGUUAUCAUUUUUAAUAUGCUUGAUUUUUACUAUGAUAAUAUUUUAAUAUACAUCUUUUUAUUUUUUUAUUUUAAUGUUUAAUUUAAUUUUAUUUAUUUUUUUAAUAAAUUUAAUUUUAUCUAUUUAAAAAUAAAUAAAUAAUAUUGUUAGUUUUUUUGUUAUAUAAUAUAUAAGAUUUUAGUAUAUAUAUUUAAUUGGAUGAGUAUUUUAUUAUUAUUGUACUCUAAUUAUUGAAUUUUUAUAUUAUUUUAUUAUAUUAAAUAUUUUAUAUCUCAAAAUUUGUAUUUUAAAUUAAAAAUUUACAGUUUCCAUAAUCUUAUCGAUAUUUCCAUCGAUAUGUCUGUAAAUUCAUACUUUCGAUAUUUUCAUCGACAUCGAUAUUUUCUUCACUGUUCCUGAUCUGUGUCGACACGUGCGAGAAGUAAGGACUUAGCACGGCAUCAACCGAAAGCACAAUGGCAGGGAUUGCGUCAGAAGGAUCGUCAUGGAUGAGCUGAAGGAGCUCGAGAAGGUUGGGGAAGUAAUCGUCAACAGGAAGCGCCAUACUUGGACGCUGGUGGUGAGGGAGGUUUCUCCUCUCCGUGAGGCCAACCUAGAUGGAUUUGUUACGUAUGGGGUCAUCUUGGAUCUUUUUGAUGACAAGAAGCCUGGAAGACUCGCGCAGACAUCCCGUUACUACGAACUGCGCGAGAGAAAUCGGGAUCUGCAACUACCGCUGAAUCGGUCGGAAUUUUCCACUCGCUCUUUGAGGCCUCGAAUGGACAUAGGGAAAGGAAGCAAAUGAGAGACAGAAAGAGAGACACGCACGGCACUCCAACAAGAAGGAAGAGAACCUUGGGCAAUUCCCGCAUGAUUCUCUUCACCCAAACGCCAAAAAUUUCAUAUUUUUUUAUUAACAAAGAGUACAGAGGGACUCAACCUUGCUUUACAAAUAAUAUACAUACACCCCUGACAUUUUCUUAUUUACACAUCAAUGAAAAGUCUUUUAUUGUGUAUAGAGGGAAGCCAAAGACCAGCUG